UGAUGAAGUGGCAAUUAUAGCUAUUGCUAUAGUUUGUGCUAAAUAUAGCACCAACUAUAGCAAUAUGCUAUUUUAGCACCAAGUUUAGCACACCAUUGAAGUUGAAAUUUUUUGAUUUAGAGCUAUAAUAUAGAUAUAGCACAAGAUAUAGCUCACCGUUGGACUUGCUCUAAGCAAGUGAAAGCCAAAAGGGCGCCAAACCAUGUCUUCACUUGCUACAUUCUGCACCGCUCCACCACCGCAAUCAUCCACCGUAAAGCACCACCACAAUCAUUUAUCUCCGGCCAGACUUGCCACAUUAAUCGACAACUCGAAAACGAUAAAACAGCUCUUCCAAAUCCACGCUUAUCUACUCCGAAACAGCCUCGAAACUCAUCCAAUUUUAAACUUGAAGCUUCAGCGCUCUUACUCUUUACUCGGGCGCCUCGAUUACUCGAGCACAUUGUUUCAUCGCACUCUUGAUCGUGAUGUAUUUUUCUACACUAGUAUUAUUCUUUCCCACAACAAUGAGAAUUUGCAUUGGCAAGCAAUGGGUUUGUAUGUCGAAAUGUUGUCGAAAAAAAUUGAGCCCAAUGCCUUCACAUUCUCCGCAAUGCUGAAGAAUUCGCCAAUUGUAACUGCAAGAGGGCUACACGGGCAAGCAAUUAAGAUGGGGUGUGAGAUGAAUUCUUACGUCAGAACUGGUUUGAUUGAUGUUUACGCGAGGGGAGGCGAGGUGGAGCUUGCGGGCCAACUGUUUGAUAAAAUGCCUGAGAGGAGUUUGGUUUCAUUAACUACGAUGAUGACUGGUUUAGCAAAGAAUGGGGAUGUUGAUGGCGCGAGGGCGGUGUUUGAGGGAAUGGGGGAAAGGGAUGUGGUGUGUUGGAAUGUGAUGAUUGACGCGUAUGUUCAACAUGGGAGGGCUAAUGAGGCUUUGGUUCUGUUCAGGGAAAUGUUGUCUGGUGAUGUUUGUCCUGAUGGAGUUACUUUGGUGGCGGUUUUUUCUGCUUGCGGGCAGCUUGGAGCUCUGGAAUCGGGGAGGUGGGUUCAUGGUUAUAUGAAGAAUAGACGUGUUCGGAUGAAUGUUCAUGUUGGGGCGGCUUUGGUAGAUAUGUAUAGCAAAUGUGGUAGUUGGGAGGACGCUCGAUUGGUUUUUGAUGAGAUCAAGUCGAAAGAUAUAGUUGUGUGGAACGCGAUGAUUUCUGGAUACGCGAUGAAUGGGUUGAGCAGAGAAGCGUUGCAGCUUUUUAGUGAAAUGCGUCAGCUGAGUGUGCAUCCUACAGAGAUUACCUUCAUCGGACUUUUAAGUGUUUGUGCCCAUGCUGGUUUGGUACGCGAAGGAUCUGAAAUUUUCCGGUCAAUGAGGAAGGAAUAUGGAAUUGAACCUAGAAUCGAGCAUUAUGGAUGUAUGAUCAAUCUUUUAGGUCGGCUUGGGCACCUUAAUGAAGCGUUUAAGCUUGUCAAGGCCAUGACCAUGAGUAUCGCUACCAGGCCGGAUCAGAUCAUUUGGAGAACAUUACUCGACGCUUGUAGACUCCACGGAGACAGUGAUCUGGGAGAGGAUAUCAUAAAAUUCUACACUGAUCAGAAUCCUGCAAGUUCAGGCGCGUUCAUACUUCUUUCAAAUAUUUAUGCCGCGAAACGCAAUUGGAAUGGUGCGAAAAGGGUGAGAACAAUGAUGAAAGACACGGGGAUACAAAAGGAACCUGGUUGUAGCUCAAUUGAAGUGAAUAACACUGUGCAUGAAUUCCUUGCCGGAGAUGCAAAACACCCCAAGAGGAAAGAAAUCUAUUUGAUGCUGGAGGAACUGAAUAGAUGUCUCAGGGAUUAUGGCAAUGACGCGCAACAAACUUAGGCCCGUCAUUAUACUCUCUCCAUCCCAUUUUACAUAUCUCUUUUAGAAAAAUUAUGCAUCUUAAAAAAUAUUAGCUAAGUACUCCCUCCGUCCCAGCAGGAAGCUUACGUACACUGUUUGCACGCAUUUUGAGGCUCUCGUAAAGUAUAGUUCUAUAAUGUAUUUUUAAUUUUUUCAUUUUUUGAAUAAAAGUUUAAACGUCAAACUUUUUUUCGGAA